AUGAAAAAACGGGCAAACAUCACAAACGUAGACCUGGAGGAAAUCGUUUUCAUAUUGCUGAACUGUCUGGACGAAGAAAAAAAAAAAAACCGAGAAAUUAUCAACACGCUUAAAAUAUAUCUCUUGUACCACAAAGGACAAAUCCUCAACUACGUGUUUUCCUUUUUGCAAAUUCAGAAAGUCAGUCACGAAAAUCAAAAGUUGCUACUCUGUUUAGUUCAUGACUUUGUUCACUAUUGCAUUUAUAAUCGCUUCAGCAACACUGUUGAUGAGUACUUGGACGAGGCGAAACGGAAUGAAACAGAAAAGGAGAAAAGGGCGACCACACAAAAGUGGAAGACUCACAAAUUUAAGGACGUACAUAUCUUUAACAACAUUUUAAAGUACUCCUUCUUUGAUGGCGAUGAGUAUUGCUUUGUGUUUCAGGAUCUCCCUGAGGGGGGACCUCUCCAGCAAACAAACAGUGGAACCGCUUCUUCCCCACAGGGGAGCCUGAAUUUUGUAACUGAUGGAAAACCCAUGGAGAGAAUUAUAAGAAGAAGAAAAAAAAAAGGGGGGAGCAUCUUCCAUGAGGAUAAAAUCGCCCAGCUCAUAUGCCUCAAAAAGGAGGAAUACAAAAUAGCUAUGAUAGGCAAAACAAAACCCCCCCAGGAAUCAAAUCAGUCCACAUCUCUGCAGAGGAAUGCCCCCCACUGCAGCGGAGGUAGUCACACACAGAAUGCCAAAGAAACUUCCGAAAUAAAUAACAUCAUCAGAAAUAUAAUUGACUUCCUUCUAAAUGAAAUUCUGUUCAUUAAGAGGGAAGACGAACGACACGGGAUCAUGACCAAGCUGCUGAUUCUGUGCAUCGUGAGGGAGGACGCUUAUUUGAAGAAGGAGCUCGUGGAGAAGCUCAACGGAUGUCUGCGCGUUGGGGAGGCCGUCAUCCCCCUGAGGGACUCCCACGAGGGGGACGUAAAACCGACCAACGAUAAAGUGUGUGACGAAAAAGUGUGCAACGACGAAGUAAGGAACGACAAAGUAAGGAACGACAAAGUGAGGAACGACAAACCGAGUGAAGACUUUGCCGGGAGGGGUAACCCCAAGCUGUGCGCCUACCUAGAGCUCUACAUUGACCUCUUCAAGCAGGUACCGCACCUCACCAAAAACGUCCUGAACGAACUCUUCAAGGCGAUCCUUUCUCUGGGCCAGAGUACCAGGUAUGCAGAUCUGACGUACAAAAUUAUGAUCGAAAUAUUUCAAGACAUUCAGUUCCCCUCAGUUCUGUAUACAAUAAUUAGCAUGAAGAAGAAAUAUAAGAGGAAGAACUUUAUCAUCCCAAAUGAGCACUACACUAAUGUAUACAUUGAAAACGACAUAAUUCAUUUGUCUCUGGAAAACACCAGUGAGGACACAUGCACAACGUAUACCAGGGAGUCGUCCCUAAAUUCGAACGUCCUGGGGAAGAAUAACGACCCGGGGAUUUUUACUGACAAUAUUAGACAGACCAACUUGCACAAACUUAGGGAGGGGGAAGGGAAAGAUAAAUUCACGUCAUAUAUGGACCACUCCUCUGAACACACAUCGAAGAAUGCAUCCCUAUGUGAUGUAUUCUACGACGCGCACAAUGGCGAACUGGGGCGAGAUGGAUGGGAUGUCCCCCUUGGGGGGAAUUGCUCCCAGGAGAGAGGCAGUGAUAGCAGGACCGACUCCAGCAGGGGUGCGUCCAAAGGUAAACAAGACCUGGUGAAGGCCUUCCAGAGAGAAGUUAAACCAAGUGAGCAUGCUUCCGAAAAUUUUCGCAACGGGUCGGAAGGGUCAGAAAAGUAUUACACGGUUAAGAAUUGGAGGGAAGAGACGAUCUGCCAGGCGCCAAAGGGAGGUGAGGGGAGCCCCAAAGACAGGGCUGAUGUCCUGCGCGAUAAAGGAUCUCCUCCCUCCUUCUCGUCCUCCUUUUCCUCUUCCCCCUUUAUCAACCAGCGUAUAGGCGAGAAGGAACGAAAAAAGACGGAAGAAAUUAAAGCCGUGUGCACAAAAAUGUUAUCCCUAUAUCUUAGAAUACUUCCCACCUUGAAGCAAAGCAGCGAAAAUUAUAACAAGCUCCUUUACGUCAUAUCAAAGUUGGUUCUCUAUGUAAGCAAUGACGAAAUGACGAAGCAGGUGAUCGAAGUAUAUAUUCAUUACUUCCUCGUUUUCUUCCACUCUACCAUUAACAACGCUGCUAUAAGUGACAUUUUAGGGGUCUACAAUAAGGACUUACAGGUGCACAUAAACUACAACAAUGUGAAGGGGUUGCCACAGUACAAUAUAAUUAAUAGCUUCCGAAGCAUUCUUCAAAAAUGUCUGACGAAGAUACACCUCAUCGUCGGUUUCGCUAGCCACAUUCUGAAGGUGGCCUAUGCAAUUCUAAUUAUCUUGAUUAAUCAAAACUACACAAUGAAUAACGCCAAGGGUGUUGUGAACUACAUAACUUCCAAUGUGUACGUUUCGACUUUUAUUGAAACCAUGGAGCUAUUUAACAUCCUCAUAACUUGUGCUUACACAAACAACUUGGUGUUUAGUUUGAUCAGGGAGAAGGUGAAGUCCAACGUAAAGGUAGAAGUUAUGGUUUCACUGACUCUGUUGAGACAGUACCUUCUGCUCAUAUCGGGGGAUAUAGGCAGUGGUAAUAUUGUCCACCUUUCCAAUCAAAAUAUAAGGACAAAACGCGGUGCUUACAAGAACUGCUUCAAACGGUUAAAUAGCUUCAUCAACGACACCAGUAGGACUAACACGAGUAACGUCGAACUGAUCAUACAAAUGGUGGCAAAUUUAUCCGAUCGGUUUAGCAACGAUUUAAGUAUCAUUUAUAUGCUUUUAGAGAUUGACCUAAUUUUGUCGUACCAUCAUCAUUUUGAUUCCUUCUCAUUUAACCCGAGUGUCAUUCUGGGGCUACUCCCUCGGGUUAGCAGCCCCCUUUGCGACUUGUAUAUGGCGUCCGAAGGAACUCACGGUAGAGGUGCAAGCGGAAAAAGUGGAAAAAGUGAGAAUGCACAGAGCACAAGGGAGGGUGCCACCCCAAGUGGAGAAGCCCUUCCCCCCAAGGGCGACCAACCGGAAGAACACAUAAACACCAUGGGGCACCACGACCAGGAAAUAAAAACGUGGCUACUCAUCCCAAACAGACACGUAAUCAAAAUAAUGCACUUCCUAAUUAACAUCCUCCUCAGCGAAGAAUCAAAAUUUAAAAAGCAAAAUAAAAAAUAUGGAUACUCAGUUGACGACAAUGGAACCAUUAUAGACAUAAACAGCAGAUCCAAUGAAGUUUUAAAAAACGGAUUUGAUCACAACAGGAUGUUUUUUGAUAUACACUGGAACUUUUUCAUUUUCAUGUACCCUUCAGUUCCUUACAUAAAGGAGCUAAUCUCCCUAGCGUUUGAGAAACAUUUUUGUUUCUACUCUCCUAGAGUGUUGUACCCUCUGCUGUUCGAAUUAUUGGUAGAUGUAAAAAGAAGCUUCAGAAUCGUAGUACCCAUUUUGAAGGCACUAAACAUCAUGUGUAUACUUCUACACAAUCACAUGGUGAAGAAACACUUGAGACUUCACGCCAGACUACAUUAUAAUUACUUGGUGUUGCCAAAUAUAAGCAAUGUUAUUUCGGUGCUGUUUAUGUACUGCACCCACUACGAUUUUGCUGUUUCCUUCCUCAGUCUGCAACUCAUUUCUAUCUUGAGGAGCUUCACUCAAGGGAAGAGCAUCACCUCUGUGCAGAGCUUCACCUACUUUGAGUUGCUCCUCAGUUUUUUGAGUGUAAGAAAUCAGGUUGUGGAUCACAAGGGGGUGACCGCUCCUCUCACUGGGGAUAGUCUAUCCAGCAGGAAAAUCGUCAAACGUAUAAUUGCACUUAACAAAGGGGAAAAAAAAAGGUCUCUAAUGCAUGUUGAAGCUUCGAAGUCGGUGAGAUACUACCGCUCUUUAAUUAAAAUGACCUACAGGGAGAUAGCCAAACGGAUUAGCAAGAGAGUGUUGAACGUCUCUUUGAAGAUCAACUGCAGGGGACGCCGAAAGACUUGGCGGCGAAAAAUCCGCGCCAUUGCCAGGCACUACUUUAACGUGGAUUUGGGUGUGCUUAUGCCUCGUCUCGACGAGAACGGCAUGAACGAGAUGGACGCCAAUGUGAUAUCCCCCAGUGCGACAUCGGCCAACGUGAGUGCCCCGUUCAGCCUUGACAUGGGGGGACUGAUGGGCACGAGCGCCAACGCGAACGACGAGGAAACCACAUUCGACGCCGCCAUGGAGUCCAUGAGCUGCCGCUUCACUCGAAUUCUACGACUUAUGCAGACGUUAUUCAGUAGCUACGUCAAAGUGGAGAUAGACAGGAUAUACAACUACCACAGUUACGUGACCACCUUCUUUUACGCACUGGUCGAGUUAGUUAGGCUGGUAAAAAGCAAAGACGAAUUUGAGAAUACACUUAUGUACCUAAGUGUUGUCAACCUACUGUGCGUAAUCAUCAAGCAGUUCAGUGAGAAGUAUGCAAACAAAAUGAUCACCAUUUUUUUUAAGCUCAACGCAGAAGUACCUGUUAACGAGGAGGAAAAUAUGUUUCUAACGCUUUACAUGAAUUUCUCCACUAUAUAUAGAAGCCACUUUUUUAAUUUAUACAGAGAGAAAUGUACCACUCCAUAUAUGAAAAAUUGUAUUGAGUGCAUUCAGUUAAUGAGAGCAGACUGCUUGUCCUCCAAGAGGAGCACCGAGAACCAACUAGACUUGAACAACUUCAUGUUGUUAUCUAAUAAGUACAGUACUGAUAUGUCUAGGGAGAAAAAUGUUGGACGUUUUCUACACUACCUCAAUGAAUACCAGGCUGUUUACAGAGCAAGAUUGCUCCAGCUGGGAGUGUGCUCUGAGGGGGAAAACCACCAUCGCAAAGGGGAAAAGGGACACACUGAUGUAAAGAGGAACCCUUCCGCAGGAGAGACAUCCCACGAUGGGGUACAAAACAACGGGAUAAAGACAACUACCCAACACGUGAACCACCAAGAUGAUUUAAAAAAACGUCUUUAUCAAAGUAACGAAGUGGUGAGGAAAUCCUACCAGCUACUGGAAGACAAACAAGGAUCUUAUAUCCUCCAAAACGACAUAAGCUUCCCCAUAAACAAACACUUCCAUCAGGAUGUGACUGCCUACUACAUACAGAGCAUACUCAACAAGAACAACCUCUUCCGGGUUCUAUUCCUACUAAACAAUAUAUACCACUCAGAUGUAGCCAACAAAAAAACUAGCGCCUUUGCAAUCUUUGGAAAAUCAAGCAAUGUCAUCAAUGCAGAGAAUAUUAGAAGCACAUUGAUACUGACCAUGGGAAAGUGUCUGAAGAAGGUUCCCUCCUCAAAGGUUCAAGACCUCUCCAUACUUCGAGACGUCUACAUGAACGAAAAAAUAUUUGUCAUUUAUAUUAAACAUGUGUAUGUGCCUCUAGUUAGGUAUAGCAUCGCUUUGGGCAAUGCAAUAUACGGGAAAGACGACUCCGUCUUGAAUGAGGAACAUAUUGUGAGGGAGGUGCUCUCCAACAAGAAGAGGUACGUGGAUGAGCAAUACAAGGAUGAGAUAAAUAUGAAUGCGCUCGUUAGGAGGAACAUUCUCUCUGGGUUCAAAAAAAAGGAAGGUGGGUUGUCUUCCCAGUAUGAAUUAUCUCCCAACAUGGAUGGUAACGUGCCGACCGUGGGGGGGGCACCUACCACCAGCGCGAACACCAACGCGGACACCAACGCGAUUUCCAGUUCCACCAACUCGGCGAACCGCGCUAGGGACUUAGCAAACCUGUGGAAGCGCCUUCCGAAUGAAAAAAUCAACCUACUUGUAUUCCAGCUUUUAGUCGACCCAAUUAUCUGCUCCCUCUACGAGGAAAAGGAAACGGCUCUACAGGCGAACCUGAUCAGAGCGGUGAGAAUGGUAUCGAAGAAGCUAAAGUGCAUUAGGGUAUCUGGUGGGGAGGCAUCAAAUAUGCAUAGGAUGAAGUGGGAUAACUCCGCUAAUCUAGUCGGUGAAAAUUUUGCAAGUCCCCCCCCAAGCACAGUCACAAAUACGGUAGACGUACCAACCCAGAGGUUCUCCAUCCAAGACGUGUGUGAUCAUUACUUGAAAGAAAAUGUGAAUGAAGUGCCGUUUUACUCCUGCCUGUACAUAUACAAAUACAUAAUUAUCCACUGGGCUUUGUACUACCUGGACAACUUUGACGACCAGACGCUGCCCAUCAGUAACAUAACCUUUACCGGGGUGGAAAAGUUUGCCCUGUACUUUAAACAAGCGAGGAGUAUAAUUACAAAUAAGAGCGAGCACCAAGUUAGGGAGGAUAUAAAAACGAACGGAUCAAAUGAAGAACCGAAGAAGAACAACUUUGAGCGGAUGCACCUGGAGAAAGAACAACUCAUCAUUGACAAAAUUGACAAGUGGGGGAAAAUGAUGGACUGGGAGUGCAAAGAAACCCAUACACCAUCAGAUAAAGUAAUUUAUAAUGAUUAUUUUUCCGACCUGGUGAAGGAAAGGGGUGCAAAAAAUGAGUCCAGACAGGGUGAGACAACCCCAGGUUACUCAGCCUCCAGUGAGCCUCAUCUAGACAUACUAUGUGAUACCUACACAAAUUUGAAGAACGCACUGAAAAGCAUACACUACUGCCUUUUUGUACAAAAACCCAUGCAGUUCCAGUCAGUAUUUAUCAUUGUUGAUGUCUUAACAAGGUUGCUCUUGAAAGUUGUGUUAAACGAGAGGAAGCAGAUCUAUCGAAAGUGGCACCACCAACGUGGGUUUCCCCAUGGGGACGCAGAUGUAUUGGUGAGGAACGAAGACAUGGCUGUGAAAGACUCACCCGUCAAGUUGGACAUCUAUCAUAUGCGGAGUGACCAACUCAGGGAAAAGAACAAAAAUAGGAAUUCCAACAUUUCAAAGGGAAAGAGAAGAAAAAACAUACCCAAGGGGAAGGUGUCGAAGGAGAAAAAACAUCAAGAAGCUACGCACCAUAGGAAUGGGACAGAUCAGGACAACAAGCUCACCGGAGAGGAAAAGAGUCAAAGUGGCGCGGAUGAAGACGCGGGUUGUAAGAGAAUCGUAGCAGGCAAACUUUUCACCGGGUUGACGAAGGAAAAAAAGAAAAAAAAAAACAAAAGGAAGAAGAAAGAAAAGGGACACAAUGAAGGGCAAACAAAUGUUCUGCUCCAAGCGAACCGACGCGACAACAAAACGUUCUCCAACCUAAGGAUGUACGAAGGCUCUGCCUUGUCCUGCCUGAACCUCAUCACGUCCAUCAUCGUCAAAGCCUCCCUACAUAUGAAUUGCUUCGCCAUGCAGUUUAAGAUAAUUAAGUACCUACACGACACCUGCGUGGCGACAAACAUAGCAGAAGUUAAGUUCCUAUCAUGCCGGAUCUUAUCUCAGAUAGUUAUUAAUGCUGCCAGGGUGGGGAGUCCCAAAGGGAAGAGUAGGAUGGUGCCUCGCGCUGAGGCUGUUCAAACGGACCACCUGAAUGCAUGUAGGCCAAGUGAAAAAAAGCACCACCAUGUAGAUGCAAUAGAAAGGGACAAGUCCAAAGGAAAAGAAAAUGAGGUCGAAGCAAUGCAUAUUGCAGAGAGAAAAAAUAUAGACGACCACGAUGGGAAGAAUCCCUCAUCAUAUAACUCCUCAAACAUUGAGAAGUAUUUCAAUUUGAUUUUUUCCUCCAGUGGGAACAUAUCUUAUGGAAAUAUUUUCGAUGCGAAUGAUGAGGGCAACGGCCAGAGCGAUAGGGACAGAGAAAAAAGUGGAGAUGGAGGGAGCAGUACCGGUCGAGGCAAGACAGAUGAACAGAAAGACUCAAGCGAACACUACCUUGACAGCGUCAGAAACGAAGGGGGUAAAUCGAUAGAAAAAACAACAAAUGAAGGAGUAGGCGGAAAUCACCUGGACAGGGGAGGGACACCGGUAAAUAACGAAGGCGGUGAGGCAGGAAAAUUAAACGACCACACGGGUAGCGACAAAGGGUCCGAUUCCAGCAUUAUGUAUGACCCCUCUGAUGGUGACAGUCCUCCAUGUGUGGAUCCAUCAAAAGGAAAGACGCGAGGGAAAAGUCUACCAGGGGGAGCCGUCGACCAUGUACCAAGUAUGGAUGAAGGGGGAUCCCCUCAAGAAGAAAAGAGUGAAUCAGGGAACGAAUCGAAGAGCGAACGCAAUUACAUAUGCGAGUGCAUAGGGCUGCUCAUCCCUUACGUUAAAGACCCCGAAAGAAUCAUUAGCUACUUGAGCGUGUGCUCCGUCUGUGCGCUGCUCGCCAAGUUGCAAAGGGGCAGAAUGCUGUCGAGAUCCCACUUCGUUCACUUUUUUUUCAAUCGAAUAGAAGUUAUUUUGGAUGCUCUGUCCAGACCGAUGGAGAAUCGCGCGAGAGGGAGAAAGGGGAAGAGGAGGAUGCAAAGGGAAAGGGCCAACUUGAAGGGGCAAUCCAACAGGGACGAAGACAACAGCUGGGAGAGGAAACUUGGUGGGGAAAUUAGCAACACGCUGGAAGAGGACCCCACCAACCAGCCUAACAGCUGCGCUGCAAAUUGCGAUGAACACCCGACCGAAGAAACGUUUGGAGAUGAGGGAGAGGGAAUAAACGAAAAGACAUGCGGCAGCGACGGGGGAGGCAGCGGUAGGGAGGAUGAAGUAGGAGAAAUAACCUGCGAAGGGGCAAAAGUUAAGAAGGAGGAUCUAAAUGGUUAUGAUCUCCGUGAACAUCAUCCCCGCGGACGUCACCAUCGUAGGCGUGGCCCCCCAGUCACCCCACGGAUGAGUUACAAAAAUAUCAGGAACAACAUGUGCACUGUAGAAUUGCACCACAAAUUGCGCGUCAAGGUGGGAGCCAGGAUAAGGGAAAUCAACUCGGGAAUUUACCAGACCCGUUUUAUUAAAAGACUGAGCCAGAUUAUGAACAGCACAAGGGAAGAAAUCAACUUGUACAAAGUUAUUAGUGAUGUGAUUAGCGAGGUGCUCUCCAGCGAUGAGAAGAAGUCCUAUGUGAACUCCCUCAUUAGUUGUAUUCAUAACAAGAACAGGCAGGUGGCCAUGAGUGGACUAAAUCUUCUCAUGUACCACACGUGGACAGAAAGGAUCAGCCAUGAGGACAUAGAUAUAAUUAUGAAUAGGGUUCUUAAUGAGGUGCACUACUACACGAAGAUGAAUGUUUUGAAUAGGCCAGGGCAGAGCCUCCCGAGUGGGUCCUUCAGCAAGGCGGAGCCCCCCCGGGGGAUGGACGACCCGAACAGCACGCUAGAGGCAUAUCGAAAUAUGUGCAAGGCGGAGGAGAAGAUUAAUGGCCCAAGUAAGGACAGAAGCAACAACAAACAUGAUAACCGAAGUAACGACCUAAACAUCCUGGAGAGAGCCCUACGCAUAAUCCUACUGCUGUGCAGAAAACACCCCUACGUAGUGGUGAACAAACUAUGCACACUCCAGUCCAAGUACAGUUACGAGCACGUGUACUUUAUCUACAUGAUUUGUAACAACGAGACAUUGCUAAAUAAAACGAUGGAUUAUUUGUUUUAUCUGAUGAACAGCCUAGACACACUUAAGCUGACAAAGAAUCUGAGCAACAUCCUUUCGUUGGUCUUCCACUUCCUCAAGUUUAGAAAUGGCUACAUAAGGGACUACACAAGGAGGUACUUUAUCGAGCUAUUCAUAAUUAUGUUUUAUGUCCUUGGAGUGAAGCAGCUGGGUCAUAUGAGUGGGGUUGUGGCGGGCCCUACUAAUGCGAUAUCUGCAAAUGAGAGCUCGGGAAGGGGAGAUAAAACAUUGCCCCCAAGUCGAUUACUCGAUAGGCAGGAACCUUUGGAAGAGGAAGCGCAACCGGGAGAACACCCUACCGAUCGAGGCCAAGCGAAAAAGACAGAAGAGACAACGGGGGUUGAUGCAGCGGAUCUGACGGAGCAGCUACAUGAAACUGACCAGAGAGAGGAUCCAAGUGCGGCAGUUGAUGAGAUAUUCCAGGAAAGGACGGGAGUUCAGGGAAAAAGCGACGCGAAAGGAGUACCCACCCAGAGAAGGAGCCCCCACGAAGGAAAUAGCCAGGACGCCGCUCCCCGACGCGCAGACAGCGACGACACCUUUGAAAAGAUGAUCAACGGGUCCCCAUUUUUUGUUAGAAGGAACAGCAUACUUCGCAGUAGGGACGUGAAGAAGGUCUCCAGAAGAGAGUUCAACAGAAAAAUUUACCAAAAUUACACCUGCAGCAUAAGCGUGAAUAACACGCUGAACUGUUUGAGAAUUCUGAAGGAGCUGCUAAAGCUAAAUAAAAGGAAGAAGAUCCUAAAGUGCAUCGAGGAGGGCAAGGUGGAGAAGCUCCUAUACUACAAGCACUCUUUCGAGAACGGGCUAAUCGAGUUGGUCCACAUUUUUUUGAGCAACCUCGGGGGAAGAAGCGCGAGAGGAAGCACAACCAGGAAGAGCGGCGUGACCGAUACCCCCUGCGAACAUGGCUACUACCGGAAAGUGUUCAAUUUCUUGGAGAUCUUCCUCAAAAGCAAAAACCUGAAUUACGUAAUUAUCUCGCUAGUCACUCUUUCGCAGCUUCUUCUGUGCAUGCGCAUAGAACCAGAAAACUUGAAAUUAAUAGAUCCUAUAAUUAACAUUCUUUACCAUGUCAACUGUGCACACAAGAACGACAUCGUCACCAAGUACCUACAUCUAUGUUUCACCAACUUGUUCAUUAUUUUUAAAGCUAUCAGGAAGUACCAAUUCGAAAUGGGUUCAGAACCCAUCCCCCUGCUAAUCAAAGAGGAAUACUCCAUAAACAUACUUAACGCUCUUUUAGUAAACCUAGACAGUAGUGACCGAAACAUUGUUAAGGUGACGUUGAAGGCCUUCAAAGAGGCAUGCAAGUAUGCUCGUGAGGAAUGGCCGUCUACGCUGUGUGCUUCCUAUGUCAACAUUUUAACCACCCCCUCAGUUGUUCUUCCCUACUUGAAUAGCAGUGAGGCGACGGAGAAGAUACUCAUGUGCGGUAUUCUACGUGAGAUUUUUAGGACCCUUCGUUGGGAGAGGUUACACAAGGGGAGGUCUGGGUCACACACUCAAGGAGAAAACACUCAUAAAAAAGAGUUGUCCUGGACAACCACCCAAACAGCGAGUUUUCCAAAGAAGCACCUGUACGAAAUCGCCACCUACCUGAUAAUCCAUCUGAUGGACAAAAGGAAAAACGUCUCGGCCAACGUGUGGGCAGCUCUGAAGGAGCUCCUCAGGUGGAAGUUCUCUCACCACGUGAAUGACACGUUGUUAUAUUUUGACCGCAAAUUAUUUCUCCACAGCAAGUCCGAAGUGGACAGGAUCAGUCGCAUUAACAUACAGAGGGAGAAUUCCAAAGGAGAGGGUGUUGAUGAGGGGGCGGACUACGAUUACUUCUCCAAGGGGUGCACUUGGGAUGAGAAAAGAGGCUCAACGGGGGAAAUAAGCAUAGGUACGUUAAGCGGCGUGCCUGCAGAUAAAUCUACGGGUGGCCAUAUUAACGAUGUAGAGAAAGCGCAUCCAGAAAAAGUAACCCCGCAUAUGAGGGACACCACUGGCGAGCGACACAAAGGGGGGAAGAAGAACAAAAGACAAUCAGCCAACAGUGCCGCCAACAAAUCGGAUGAAGAGAUCGACAUGAGCCAAGCGUACAGUUCUUCUGAGAUGAAGAAGGAAAAGAUCAACGUGUACUAUUACAAACUUCUUGUGGAAAUUUGCAUCCCCCUUAUUAUAUGCACCGACACGAAGGUGUCUCUCAAGAGGAAUCUGUUCACCGAGUUGAAUAGCUACUUGUACGAAGCCGACUUGGACUCAAACGAAGAAGACAAUAACAGCUUGCUGAACGUAAAAAGUGAAAGUGACAGAUUGCAACAAAUAUUUUUCACCCACCUGAGGAUGAACCUAAACAGCAUCAACAGCGUCUACAGAGCUUAUAUUAUCCUCCUGAGCAGCAGAAUUUAUUUGGGGACAAACAUAUGGAAUGCUAACAUCCCAAUCAACGACGACAUUGAAAAGAUGAUAAGUGAGUAUGAAGUGAAAAGCACCAAGUCGAGAGCAGAGCAUGUGCUCUUUGGGGACUUAAGAAAUUAUAUGCACACGCGGAAGAGAAGAGAGAAAAUAGAGAAACGUGAAAGAAGAAAGGACAAAAUGAAAAAACAAAAGGAUGUUAGUACGGAAGAUUCUAUGCAAAAAAGUAUCACCUCCGUUUUGACGGACUCCAUAUUGAGCACCCUUUCGGGGACCUUCAACUAUUCUUACGACGGCGCCUUUUUUAACAGCCUUAAUGUUAAUGGUAGCGUCGAGGCGGCAUAUAGCCACCGGGGGAAGGAAUCAAUAAAUGGGGGUGCCAAAAGAGACCCUCACAAUUACAACCGAGCCGUUUCAACGCAUCAGCCCAUUCAUACGAUUAAGACAGGUGAUUGUGUUCCCCCAAAUGAGAAUUGCUCCAGCGAAGCGGAAGAUGCGGACAUGCGUAAGGGAGAAAAACCAAAAGAGGGCUCUUCCCCCCAAGAUAGGGUUAUCAGCAGGAAUAACCUAUCAACCCAAGAAGAUAAGAAGGACCAUUCUUCGAUCGGACCAAACGGAGAGCCAACUUGUGAUGACAGACAAAGGGAAGAGCUUAACUGGGAAGCGCCUCUGGAAGACGGGCACGACACCCCACUCCAAAGGGAGUUCCCCUCCCUGGAAUAUAAGAGAAGCCGCUCGUUCGACCCGGGGGAGGGUUUGUCCAAUGAGAACUACGCGAAUUUUGUUUCGAGCAGCGACGAGGGGGAGGAGCUAUACUGGGAUGCGGCAUUGGGAAAAGCUGCAGGUGCGGAUACACAGUGUUCGGACGCCUCAGUAAAAGAUGUUGCACCCACCUCCGAACUGCUCAACUACACACCAGGUGACCGAAACGCGAAGAAAUUCCUAAGGCGAAAAUUUGCCAAAAUAAAGUUGCUCAACGAAAAGUACAAUUUCGUAGACAAUUUUAAAACAGUUCUGAACUUAAAGUUGGAGACAAGUCUGUUGCAGUGGAUUGAAAUGUUGAAGUUUCUGAAGGAAGACCCCCCUGAGUUUGUUCUGUCCAAGGAAAUCAAAGUUGUCCACUUGUCUGAUUUUUUCGAGUCCGCUUUAAUAUGCGCACUGUCAGUUAUCAAAUUCGUUUCGCUCUCAUUGGAUUGUAAGAAGCUGCAUCGGGUCACCUUCAAAAGUAUGAAGAGGGAAGCUCAAACAACAGGGGACGCACAAAAUAUGAAUGUAAAAGUGGAAGGUGAAGGAGAAGAGGAACCCCACUCCUCCCUGCAGGAUCACAUGGAGGAAACCUAUUUCAUUCAGUUGCUGUCCAUCUGCACGAAACUGGAAGCGCUUUGCUCUUCCAUCAGCAAGCAGUUGUGCGCCUUUUUGCAGGAGGAGCGGACGCCGGAGCACUUGCCCAUCAUUAGGGCUCUGGCCAUGCUGUCCAUUUUGAAGCCAUCCCCCUAG